GGCUACGGCACCGAGGACCCAUAUAUGCGACGAUGCGUGCAGUCUGUGCUGUUGCCCGGGGCUGUGGUUAAUUUUGAGUGUGAUCGAUCUCCUCUCCAAGUCUCCCCGUACGAGCUCUAUAUAAACAGGGCCCUUUGCCCCUCUCCGCAGACGGCAGCAGCGAACGCGCCUCCAUCCUCCUCGCCGCUCGCCUCCUUCCCUGCAGAGCGCCACAAAGUUGCAGAGAAGGGAGACGACGGGAGGAAGAGGAGGAGGAGUCAGAGGAAGAGAUGGCAGGGUGUGAUGGAGGAGCCAAGUCAUCGGCGUCCAUGGAAAAAGAGGCAUGCGCAGAGAAGAAGUACGGAGGAAUUGCACCCAAGAAGCCUUUGAUAUCCAAGGACCACGAGCGCGCCUACUUCGAUUCUGCGGACUGGGUGCUGGGCAAGGUCAGAGAAGAGAACAAAAUCCACGCUCCAGAAUUCAGGAAUUGCGCAUGUUCAGAGUUCAGACCUCAGACUAGUAGUGUCUCUAACCGUCCUCUUUUUUUGUUGGCUUGUAUUUUGCAGCAAGCUGCAAACAGCAGCACAAGGGCUGCUGUCGAGUCUCUGAAGCCCAAGCUGAAGAGAACGCCUCACCACCAGCUGCCCCCUCGUAAGCCCACCUGCGCUUCCAGUUGAGACGACGCACGGCCACGCGUUGCAGCUGCUGGAGUGGAGGGAGAGCUCGGAGGCAAGGAGGGAGGAUGCAUGCCGAGCUGGGAUAAAUGUUUAGCUGGUCCGAAAUCGUAGGGACGAGAGCCAGAAAUCCGAAUCCGAGAUGCAAUCUGGUUUCUUGGCAGUUGCAUUGCAGCACCUAUUGUGUAUUUAUCAUAAGAACGGAUUAAUUAAUUAUCAAUUAUCUGGCUUAAGUUUGGCACGGCACUUGGUGUCUCAACUACAGAAGAAUGGACGAAAGAUUUUUGUUCAAAAAA